CUGGUUGGUCGGACCAGUAGUCUCCGGGUUAUUGCGCUGUUUAAUUGAUACCUGCUUGACAUUUACAGCCGUGAGCUUUAUUCUGGCGUCACCAGCACACAAACAAGAGCCGUGAGCGAUACCCAGCAUCACACACAGACACUCACACACACUCGCAGGUCUAUUGUUACAGGAGAGCCUUAACAGGACAAAAGAAAAAAGAACAUGCUUACCUUUAUUCCAUGGACAAUCUUAGCCGUGCUGGUACAUGGAGAGGAGGUAUCGUCUUUACACAGAAUUAGAAACGAAACUGGGAUAUUGUCGUCUGCUCCGGAUCAAAAUGAGGCUGUAACCUCACAACGAACGACAAGCAUGGAGACCAUUCUGAGUGACAGAUCUGCCCCGGAUACAAUAACACAUGACUCCGCCUUUUUACACAAAACAGCCAUAGUAACAUCUACAAAAUCCGAAGAUGAUACAACCAUUGCGCCAGUGACACCAUCGUUAUUACCAGAUGCAGAGAAAACAGAUUUAAAUAAAACUUUCGGACAUAAAAAUACCUCGACAAUUCAGUCGUUAAACGUGACAAUUAAAGAACAAAGAGAUAAUAGACCAGAAAACUCUCACAGUGGCACCAGCUUCGUCAGUGAAUCUAGUGUGGGUUCUGUGACUGAGCCGUGUAUUAGUAAAGGAUGUGCGUAUGGAGUCACAAAACAUAUCCCUUUACCCAAAACUGUAGACGGAGACCCCAUAUCCAGUCACCAUACCACACCAACAUCCCCUGCCCUUUCUGAAGCACUAGAAACAUACCAAAGACUCUUACCUGCCACUACAGAAAAAUCACCGACAAGACCUAGUGUUAUUGGAAGGAUUAGGGAUGAUCGGGUUGCGGGUGGUGCUCCCAGCACAGACCAUCAGGGACCUAUUUCUUCUACAAGCAAACAUAGUAAUGAUGGAGGUAAUGAAGCGACUACAUCGAUGUGGUUAAACGUCAAAGCUGACGAGUCAAACCAGAAACACAGUGCCGAAUCCACAGAUGCCAAUCGGAAACACGACGAUGUUUCUGAAGGAAAUGAAGUGUCGCAGGCACUAUUUGAACAGCCACAAACUGGCCGGUCUCAUCUCUCUCUAACUAACUUGUCCAUCCUCGGUGUCUCCCUUGGCUUUGUCGUAGCCGUGCUAGUCGUGGUUAUCGUCGUCGUUCUCAAACGACAGGUAAAGCAUGGGGAGAAGAAGAUGACAAGUUUGAAUAAGGAAACAAGGAGAAUAGACAUGAGGGCUUUAAGGCGAAAUACAAUCAACGAUGUGAAGGCUUCUCUAGUAGGUAUACCGUCCAAUGGGGAUAUCUGGUUGGAGAUGAGCAAAGACUCAUCUAUUGUUGUGUAAAGGACUGUUGGUAGGAUGAAGCUAAGACCCAUCCAUUUUUGUGUGAAAGACAGUUAAAUUUAUUCACCGUAUUGUAUGAUGUGUAGCUAUAUAUCAUCCUUAACCAUCGUAUCAACAUCCGGGGCAUAUCUAGCAUUGUCAGCUUCCACGGAGAAAAUGAUCCAUAAAAAUCCGUACAAAGAGAGAUAUAAUGCUGUGUCCAGCAAAUGUACGACCAAAUCCCUGCCUCAAAGACUAACAAUAAUCCUUAAUACAAUCAAGGAAAGACUUUCUUUAUAUUCACAGAAAGUAUUUGAGACAAGUGGAAUUAAUACCACUCCAGCCUUUGGUGUUUACAUUUCACAACUUUUGAGAUGCAAUCG